CGCACUGAACGUGCAGCUCCGCUGACAUCGUGACAGCACCAGCUCUGUCUGUGGAUCUGUGCAAGUCGCUCUCCCGAUUGUGUAAUUUUUUUUUCUUCCUGUAAGCGGCCAAACCUGCAUCCGAGAGCGCAAGCAGAGAAAGAAGAAGAGGAGGAGGAGGGGAAAACAGGGGGGAUUGCAACAUUCAUCAGAAUUUAUUUUUCUUCUUAUUACAUGGCGAAAGGGCUAUACAAACGGGACCGUCCUGGGUGUGAUACUGCCACGGUGAAUUUGGAUAUCCAAGCAGCAGCGGCGGCGGUGGCGGCGGCAGCAUCCUCCUCCCUCCACGGAAGAAGCAUCCUCGGCUGCGGCGGCGCCCACACCGACUCCUCGUCCUCCUCCUGCCGGCUCUAUGUCGAGUGAUGGUCGGCUUGCCUUGCUGGAUGCUCCCCGCUCUCUCCGGAUCGUCGACCGAACCUCCUCUGACCGCAGACCCCCAUUUUCGGCGGAAACCUUCCCAGAGCUAUAGGGCUACAUAUGGAAACUGGGGAUCAAAAUUUUAGGAAAAGGAAAAUCUACGCGGUUAAUUUCAUUUUUUUUAGGUUUUUAUCGGGUUCUAUCUGUUUUUGUGUGUGUUUUUUAAAGCCUGCUAAUUAAUUAAUUUAUUUGUUGAGCCUUGAUUUCCUCAUUCCAUCGAGUGCAGGGUUGAUUUGUGAGAAGCCAGCGUGAUAUUUUAUUUUAACCCCACAAUAAUAGGUCGUUAUAAAACACCCCGAGAAUUACUCUUAUUUCCUCUCGACAGGACUAGAAUUCGUUCAUUUGUAUACUCUCUUUUGUUUCCCCUAAUAUGAUAGAUUUCCAUGUUGUCCUUCGUUUCCCUCCCCAGUUUAAUAUCUCCUUGCCUUUUCCCCUUUUGACUAACAAAACUCAUUAGAAUAAUAAUAGUAAUAAUAGUCUUUAGAAUAGCUUUGGAUAUAGUUAUAAUUUUGAAUUCUUAGGCAAUGUUAUAACCUCUGACUAAAGUAACUGUAACUCACUGUAACAGACAUAUUGAACCGUUGUACUGUAAGCCUGCCAUUACUCUAGCACCCCCCCCCCCCCCAACCUGUGCUCCAUUUGAGCUCAUGUUAAUUCAGCUCUGUGUUUAGCUGUAACCUUUACAAGUCAAGAAACAGGAUUUUUUUUCCUUUUCUUUUGCAGGCCUGUAGAGAAUAAACCUCAGGUUGGUUUAUCUCACUUCCAUUUUUAGGCUCGGCUCUGCCACUACAGGCUUUAGGACAUGAUUAAUCCUUUAUAGCUCAGUGUUAUUAUUCACGUGUUUUGCUGCUACAUCUGCAGCUGAAGGCCUGCUGAAGGGCUGUCAUCCUCUGCAUACCUGCUUUUUCAUCUUUUUUGAGUACAAAAGUAAGAACAAACAGAGAGGAGAGACAUCACUGUCUCUUCCUCUCUUCCCCCCCAAAACACCUCCUGCCAUCCUCAGUUUUUCUCUUGUUUUGGUCCUCACCCAAACGCAACCAUAAGGUUCCUACCGCAUCCUCCUCCUCCUUCUUCCCUCUCCUUCCGCUCGAGUAUAUCCCGUUUUUUCGGUUUGGUUUGGUCCCGCAAAUUUUCAAAUAUUUACUUCCUGUACAUCAAGAGGAAAGGGGGUCCCCCUUUCAUGGAAUGCGGAAACAUGGGUCUGUUCGACCGCGGAGUCCAGAUGCUGCUGACCACGGUGGGAGCCUUCGCGGCCUUCAGCCUCAUGACCAUCGCGGUCGGCACGGACUACUGGCUGUACUCCCGCGGCGUCUGCAGGUCCAAGUCCAUGAGCGAAAACGAGACCAGCAAGAAGAACGAGGAGGUGAUGACCCACUCGGGCCUGUGGAGGACAUGCUGCUUGGAAGGGAACUUCAAAGGGAUGUGUAAACAGAUAGACCACUUUCCUGAGGAAACAGAUUACGAAGCGGACCCAUCUGAGUACUUCUUACGUGCGGUGCGAGCCUCCAGCAUCUUCCCCAUCCUAAGUGUCAUCCUGCUCUUUAUGGGAGGCCUGUGUAUAGCUGCCAGUGAGUUCUACAAGUCACGCCACAACAUCAUCCUCAGCGCAGGAAUCUUCUUUGUGUCUGCAGGUCUGAGCAACAUCAUCGGGAUCAUCGUGUACAUAUCAGCCAACGCGGGGGACCCUUCAAAAAGCGACUCGAAGAAGAACAGCUACUCUUACGGCUGGUCCUUCUACUUCGGUGCCCUCUCCUUCAUCAUGGCUGAGAUGGUGGGCGUCUUGGCCGUGCACAUGUUCAUCGAUCGCCAUCGACAGCUCCGAAUAGGUGCGCGCGCAGCCGACUACCUCCAAGGCUCGGCCAUAACACGAAUCCCCAGCUAUCGCUACCGCUACAGACGUCGCUCGCGCUCCUCCUCCCGCUCCACAGACCCGUCACACUCCCGCGACACCUCGCCGGUGGGCCUCAAGGGCUUCAGCGCGCUGCCAUCCACAGAGAUCUCCAUGUACACGCUGCCCCGGGACACCCUCAAGUCCUCCGGCACGCCCACCGCUACCUACAACUCUGAGAGGGACCACAACUUCCUGCAAGUCCACAACUGCAUCCAGAAGGACCUGAAAGACUCGAGCCACACCAACACAGCGAACCGCCGCACCACGCCGGUAUGAGGGAGUCGACACAGGCCAGGCCAGCCUGGCGGAAAGCGGAGACCAGGAGACACGGGAACCCCUGUGGGUGCAGUACGCCCCAGGAGAAGAUGGAUUUCCAUGUUUAUAGACAUUUGUUCUUUUUGUUCAGCUGCAUGACUUUUCCAUUACCAUUGUUGAGAGAGUUUCAACAAGUCUGCUGUGUUCCUGGAUUAAAUGGAAGAACAGUGAGAAUAGGUCAGGUUGUCCCAAAAGAGUGACAUCUGUCAUUUUUUGUGCAGGGUUUGUUUAUGAGGUUUGGGGCACUGAAAGGGAGGGUGGGAGGGGGUGGGCAUUUAUGAGAUAAAGAAUUGAUUUCAUGAUUUCAUAGCCCUUUGGUUUGACAGUUUUGCCCCACAAGUUUGGUUGGAGCAACAUGUCAAGCUCCCCCUCAGCCAGCCCACCGCUCAGAUAUACACCUCUUUUAUUUAUUGACUCAUUUGUUCUUUUUUUGCAUUAAAACUGUGAAUUGUUACAGUUUGGGAUUCAGUAAGAAUUAGCCCAAUCUGUGAUCUCUAACAAAGGUACUAUAUAUAUGUAUUACUUUUAUAAAUAAAUUAUUACGUUAAUAAUCAAGAGUUACAGACUUUACCGAAGCAAAAAAGAAAAAAAAACAAGUUAACUAAACCAAGUGCUGUUGUUAAGAUGAGAAAAGACUCUUUUGGUAUCUGUUCAUCUGAAGGUUGAGAACAAGAGAAGGUCCUUUAGGUAGCAGCAGUACACAGCGACUGAUGCCACCGGAGGCAGAUGCAGACCGUCAACAGUCGAAUAAUAUCUAUUCUUUUAAUAGAACCUUCUCGUCUUUUUCUCAGUCCCUGUUCGCUUUCUUUUUUGGGGGGGUCGUAACAGGAGAAUUGAACCCCUUAACAGAAAGAGCCAACAAAAGGGGUCAAAGUUCACAGAGCAAAGACUCCAAACACGACUUCUACAAAAUAAAAAGGAAGGAGCAGAGGGGAAGGAAAAGAAGAGGACGCCAAACACAAAAAUAAAAACAAGUUAAAUAUGAAAUAGUACAAGAGAAGCUAAGUGACUCACAAUUUCAGAAAUUAAAUGCAUGCUAUAAAAUUACAGCAAAUCUGCUCUUGAGAAACUUAAGUUUUAAAGGUUAAUAAUUAUAAGGGGAAAAAAAGCAAAGACGCUAAAGUUUAAAGUAUUAAUGUUUUCAUGUGUAUUUUUCUUUUGUAUUUAUUUAGUUCAUUUUAUCUUAUUGCUUUUGUGAGACAAACCAAACAAUCUACAUUGAACAAAACUGUUUUUAAAUGGUUUGGUUGAUUUCUUUAUGAAUAUAUAAAUAUAUGUAUGUAUGUAUUUUAUUUUUAAAACUCACACAGCCUUAGUCAUUUCUUUGUUUCUUUUGAUUUUUAAUGUGUUGUUCAAAUUGAAAAUGAAAUCUUUAAAGGUGCCAAAACCGAAUGAUCCUAUACUUGGAUGCAUCAAGUUCUGAUGAAUAAAAUACGAACCCUAGGGGGAACAAAU